AUGGCGUUCGAGCUGCCGCCCCGGCUACGGCUGGAGGAAAGGAAGGUGGAGGUCGCCAAGGCCAACAACAGCCGCGACUCGCCAGCAGGCAAUUCAAGGAAGGGUCAGCCAUGGACGGAGGCGGAGCAUCUGCAGUUCCUCACAGGCCUUAAGAAGCUGGGAAGAGGCAACUGGCGGGGCAUCUCGCGGUUGUUCGUUCCAACCCGCACGCCAACGCAGGUGGCCAGUCAUGCACAGAAGUACCUGUUGCGCCAAACAACUGUGAGCAAGCGCAAGAGCCGAUUUUGCCUCUUGGAGCAGGCCGCAUCUGCCCAGGGCCUCCUUUGCACUGGUGUGGCAGACAGCUGUGGGGCAGGGCCUGCGAUGCUCCCUGUCUUCUAUGGUGUGCAGACAUAUCCGGUUGGCCAGCUGUCUGACCGCGCUGGCUCGCUGCAAGGUGGCUCAGCAUCUUCUUCUGACACCAGCGAGAGAGGCUGCCAUCGCAUGCUGGACGUACCCAGCUCAUCGUGUCCAGAGAGCUCAAGGGCUCCCAAGUUCACGAAGAUCUGCAGGCCGGUGCCCUACCAUGCUUCAGCGCGCCUGACAGACAUGGCCAAGCUGAGGGCUGACUUGGCGGCAGCCGUGGCAGAUGACAAGCUCGGUCCGCUGCAGGCGUCGAGCCGCUCAGCCUUUUUCCCCGUCCGACCCUCCUCGGCAAUUUCUGUGUAGGGAUCCUAUCUGGGGCAGUGCUAGAAGGAGUACAGAUGAAAGUACUGGUGAGCGUGAGAUGUGCUCAACCUGGGAGCACCGCUUAUGUCUGGGAGCUUGUUAUGUGGAGCUGCGACAGGCUGCAGCUGUCAAGCUUGAUCUGUCUUGGAUGGUCGGGUACUGGGCCAUGUGUACAACCAUACCGUUUAGUUUAGUCUGGGUCGUGGAGCAACCAGGGAUGUUCCUCGGAACAAAAUGCAUGUCAGGUCUAGGUGGCGUCUUCCUCUCUGCCUGAGCGGCUUUGCUGCUUAUGCACGUACAUUGAAGUCCACUCGCAGAGGUUGUCCUUUCCCCAUCACAUGGCCCUUUCAAGGCCUGCUGGGUUCGCGCAGAUUCAGAUGACCAGAGUUAGGACUUUGCAAGAACUGGGUCGUCAGCAUAUGCGUUUUGAGUUUGUUGGGUCUCCCAACCCAGCGCCAGGAACAGCCAUGGGAUCACGCAGAUGAAGUAGAGCGCCUUUUCGAGAGGCUGCUUGCAGAGCCGUUCUUUAUUUUACAGCAGUUGCCCACGGAUAAAGGCAGGAAGGCAGAUGAACGCAUGCUGUGAUGAUAUAUGUACACAAUACACAAUGCUGCGCCGAAAGUGGUAGGCUCUCAGAUUGUCGGCGCUGCUCUUGCGGAAGCGCCGAGGAUGUUUUGGUGAUGCUGAUGCGUGUGUCUAGUGGUUUCACUGCUUUUCAGAACGCAACCUUGGUUAUGUCGGAUCCCUCAAUGUACACUGCAUUCUUUGAGGUUGUACUUUAGCUGAUGCUCAGAACAGGUGAGCUGUAUUUGAUCGCAGGCAAACGGAAACUUUCCUUGGAUGUGAAGAUUGGGGUGUCACUGUUGCAUGUUGUCCAUGGUGGCUGGCCAGAGUCCUCAGUGUGAUGAUGUGUCUGAAAGCGGAGACACAUGAUUGGAUUGAAACUGUAGUUAGUGAUGGUGUGCGAUAUAUUGGCGCCGCCGGAUUGAGGACUAUUGGUCUCUGAUGACAAUGCUGAUUUUGAGAGUUAUGAAUGAAGAUGAAAUGCUACUCUAGACUUUUGGAGGCGAUUGCCUGUCCCCACAAAUACUUGUAGACGGGCACCUCAGGCAAAACACGUCAGUCAGCCUCGAGGUGUUUGUCACCCGAAAGAUAGUGUAGCAUUGCAGAUACACCCCAUUCGCUGAUGUCGGUGUUCAGAGGUGCAGGAAGCAAUUUUAAGGACAUGCAACAAUGGCACUUUGGAAUCCCGCUUGGAAUGAUUGCUGUGCAACAUGGGUGCCGGUGCAUCCACACUGAAUUUUCUCGAUUGAGGUCUGCGUCUUACUGAAUAAUAAGUUGCAAUUUGUGCCUCUUUUUGUAAGUCAGCAAUUCUUAA